AUGUCUGUUUUACUCCUAGUCGAUGUCGAUAGCAGCAAGUUUCUUUCAAUGGAGAAUGGUCUGAAAUCUGGCGUAGUCGCUCAAGUUGACAAAGAGCUACUUAAAAGCUUAGAUCAAGAACUUGAUUUGCUAUCCCAGCAAAACGAGCAGUUACAGAAAGAUUUAGAAAGUUUGCAAUUGGCUGGCAGCACACAAAGUUUGGACUCUAAAAAUUUAGGACAAAUUCAACAUGAAGCAAUCAAUCAAACAAAGUCAUUAAUUAAUUUACCAUCCAAGGCAAUCUUUAAUAUUGGCCAUAACGAUGCUACUCGUGUACAAUCUUCCCCCGAAUUGCCAAGAAUUAGUAAAAACCAAAUUGUCAAUGUCACAGAAAAAGAUGCAGGAGAAGCUUGCCAAUGGCUCAAAUUUACGGGUUUCUCUCGUUAUGCUCGAGCCUAUGAAGACGGACAAUUUCCCAUCGACAUUGCAACUGUUAAAAAAGAUAACAGUUUCAUGGAUGCUAGCUCAAUUAAUGCUGUCAUUCGGCGAAUCAACCUAUUAAAUCAAUAUGUCAACGAUAACACUAAAAGUUUAACUCCAAAUUCAAGUAGUCAUACCUUAACAGAUACCAACCUAGCAAAGCCAUCAUCACUAGAUAAAGUAGAUUCUCAACAAGCUUCUCAUACCUCUUCAAUUACUAAAUUUUCAACUACAUCUAAGCUCGAUAUCCCUCAACAAACAGAUCGACGUAAACCGGAUAGAGCAUUUACAAUUUCUUCUUUCGAUAAAAAUAUCAGGAAGCCUUUUGUAGUUGAACCAGUAGUGAAAGGAAAUAAAAACGAACUUGUUGCCUUAUCCAGUCGAUUUCAAGAUAGAUCUAAAGCCAGUGCUAUACCUCCCAAAUUUCCCGUUUAUGACAUUAUGACACAAAUUUCCGAUUUUCCCGAUAAAGCAGCUGGCUAUGAUAACUGUAUUCAGUCACCAGAGGUUAUACGCACCUCUAGUGUGGGUUCCAAUUAUUCAAAACGCCCUACCAAGAAUUAUAAUCGAACAUGGAAUGGUGAUACUAGCAAAAAUUUAGCAAAGAGUUUGCUGAAUGUCCGUCAAAUGGAUCCUUCCGACACCAACAUUGGGAGUGAUUCUAUUUCUCGAUCGUCGGUUGAUAUUCACAGCACAUCGAGGACAACACAAAGAUCGACAGAGUUGGAAUCGAGUGAGCAAAGUAAAACUAUAACGAUAUCCAAUAAUAGGAUGUCUAACAUGGCUCAAAGUGGGCACAAAAAACCACGCAAUAAGUUUAUUGAAAGUAGAUUUGGACUUUAUGGAAUGAACGCCAACAAAAGUAUUACUGGAUCAUUUCCCCUAUUAUACAAUAAAAGGAUUGAAAAUACGAAAGAUCGAUACCAUGCUAGGUCGUCGAGUGGAGGUGAUGACUAUGCAAAGAGAGAUUUACCAUUUAUGGAUGGUCAUAGCAAUCUAAAUAUAGGAAAAGACAACGAUGCAACAGCUGAAAGUAACAACCAGCUAUCGAAAGCUUCAUUGUCUAGUAGUCAAAAGUCUGCCAGUUUAGCUGACUUGGUUGUUCUACAAGAUGAUUCAAGUGACCUGGAAGGGCACAAAAAGAGUUCUAUGGAGUUAUCCGAUCGGGUCGAAACAGAUUCAGAUUCCAGCGAUCCCAACCUACUUGAUUCAAACAGUCAUCGAUUUCAUGAUGCCGUUGUUUUACGUAAAGAUUCCCAUGCUUUACGUCAGCCAAGUCUUGCACAUCGUGUUAGCAAGAAAAGCUCAAAAUGGCAUCCAUUUGGACGUGCUGUUGUCCCUGUUAAGAUGGAAAGGGACUUUAGCCUCAGUGAAUUAACAGCCGGCCAAUUUGCUGCUGUGCAAAAGUUUGCCUUUAGUAAACUUACGGAAAUGUUAGAAAAUCAAUCAUCGACUAAGCAGACUUUAGAUAGGCUACUGCCAUCCAAACUUGUUCGCAAAAGACCAAAAAAUGAAUCCAGAGAUAAAUUACUAAACUUACCUUUAUGGAUUGUAUUGGAAAGAACUGGACGCUCCCUACCUCAAUCUAUUAUCAAUGCUCUAGACUAUCUACGUAGAAACGCUAUUGAAGGCAUCUUUAGAAAAGCUGGCGUCAAAUCGCGCGUAUCUACACUACGUAAAAAAUGUGAAGCGAACAGUAAUUUCAACGAAUUUGAAAAAUCUUAUCACCAUGAUAUUGCUGAUAUGCUCAAGGGAUAUUUUCGAGAAUUGCCUGAACCUGUCUUUAACAGCAAAAUGACAGAAAUUUUGGUCUUUAUAAAAUCAUAUGUUGAAAGUGACUUAAGGUUUUACUAUACUCAAUUGGCUGUUCUACUGAUGCCAGACGAAAGCCGUGAUGCCUUAAGAUUUCUCUUGGAAUUUUUAAGUGAUGUUGCAUCCCAUUCCGAUAUGCAUCAGAUGACUAUCAAUAGCCUUGCUGUAUGUUUAAGCCCAUCAUUAUUUAGCGUAGCGAGUCAAACUGGUCCUCUACAAAAGAUAUUACCAUGGCCUUCUUCGCCAUCCAAUCUUGCCAACAGUAAAGAAAUUAAUGACAGCGUUACCGUCAUUGACGUACUUGAUUUAAUGAUUCGUAACCAUGAAAAAUUGUUUACGAUUUCAUCUGACAUUGUCAAGGCUUGCGAUUUUACAUCGUUGGACCUUGGCCAACCCUUACAACUGUCCGAUUUAGGACGACGUAAAUCGGAUGGAAAGAGUGAUUUUAAGAGUUACAUUAAGAAUGCAGUUGGAAUCGUUAUAAAUGAAUAUAAAAAUAAAUUUAGUGGCUGGGUACCGUACAGUUUGCAAAACGGAAUAGAAAUUUCAUUUAAAAAAGCUAGCGAUGACUAUCCAUUAUCGUUAGCCAGAGCUGUUACCACUGUCAAUGGUGUUGCUGAAGAUAUCUUGGAAUUACUACUCAAUGAUAGACAUUUGUGGGAUAAAAUGGUGCAAAACCACAAAGUUGUAGAAACUCUUGAUUGCCAAACCGAUAUUCAUUAUUAUGUCAAAAAUUCCUCUUCAAUGAGCACUAUGGACUCGAGGGAUUAUUAUGCACUACGAUCUUGGAGAACACAUUUACAACGUGGUUCUUGCGUGCUCGUCUCAGCAUCGAUAUCAUACAAUAGUGCUUUACCUAUUGGUGAAACUCGUGGUAUUGUUCUAGCUGAGCGAUUCUUAAUUGAACCAACAGAACGUGGUGAAUCUAGAUUGACCUAUAUAUUCAGAAUUGACGAUAGGCAAUCGAGCGAAAUGACUAAAGUGCAAACCUUCUAUUUUAACAGAGGCCACGCACCUGACUAUUACGAGAGAGGCUUCAAUGCCUAUCUGGGAUUAUCCAUCGUUAGCGGCAUUAAAAAACUAGUUGAAGAUUGUAAAAAAUAA